UUCCGCCAGUUAGUUCAUUUGCUACGCUUGAUAAGUGCACACAAUUUCUUCUAAUUAUCGUUAUCGACAAUGUCCGAUAGUAAUCGUAGUUUUCCCAAUCGCGCCAUCGGCUAUGUUGCGCGCGCCUUGGCCCUUGCCAGUUUAUUCCUUGUCAUGAGCGCCAUCUACCGGGAGGACGAUCAGCCGGGAUCCUACUACAUACAUCCCAGACGGAAUGUGCAGUAGCCAUUCCGUCCUCGUUGCCUAAACUUAAGCUAAUUUUAAAUGUUUUUUUAUGAAUUAAUCUAAAUAAAAUAUGAGUAACUUAGAAAUAGUUUCCGCGUAGAUAAUGUCAUAGUACACAUCCUGACUU